AUGUCGGUCCAGGGCGGCUCCGGGUUUGCCGAGACGCCUCGGGGCGGCACCGGGGCAGCGUCCUUAACUGACCCCCCGGGCGCCACCCCACCUUCCCUCUCGGCUCCGCCCAGGCCCGCCCCCGGCUCGGCGGGUCCCAGCGCCAGGAGCACAGAGGGCCCAGGGUCGGGCUCUGGCCAGGAGCGGGGUCCCAGCGGAAGGGCCACCGGAGCCCUGCGGGGGACGGCGGCCUCGCCGGAAGUCAACGAGGAGGCCAGGCCGCUCCCCGAGGGGCAGAGCUGGAGAGUGAGGGGCUGUGGCUCUGCAGCCAGGGGGCGUUCACGUUACGCUGCAGAGUUUGGGGGACACCGCAGUCCCCGGGGUCCGGGCGAACCCCGUCCGGAAACUCCCUCUGGUGAAGGGAGCCGCGACACCUGCCGACGCCCAGGGGGCAGCACCGACCAGGGCACGGCGCUCCCGGCUCGCCGUUCUCGGCAAGGCUGCGAGGCUCCUCCCGAGGCCCCUUCCCGCAGCACCGGGGACUCUUCCCUCAGCACCGAGGCCCCUUCCCGCAGCACCGGGGACUCUUCCCGCAGCACCGAGGCCCCUUCCCGCAGCACCGGGGACUCUUCCCGCAGCACCGGGGACUCUUCCCGCAGCACCAGGGACUCUUCCCGCACCACCGGGGACUCUUCCCGCAGCACCGGGGACUCUUCCCGCAGCACCGAGGCCCCUUCCCGCAGCACCGGGGACUCUUCCCGCAGCACCGAGGCCCCUUCCCGCAGCACCGGGGACUCUUCCCGCAGCACCGAGGCCCCUUCCCGCAGCACCGGGGACUCUUCCCGCAGCACCUUGGACUCUUCCCUCAGCACCGAGGCCCCUUCCCGCAGCACCGAGGCCCCUUCCCGCAGCACCGGGGACUCUUCCCGCAGCACCGACGCCCCUCCCCGAAGCACCGGGGACUCUUCCCGCAGCACCAAGCCCCUCCCCGCAGCACCGGGGACUCUUCCCGCAGCACCGAGGCCCCUUCCCGCAGCACCGGGGACUCUUCCCGCAGCACCGACGCCCCUCCCCGCAGCACCGGGGACUCUUCCCGCAGCACCGGGGACUCUUCCCGCAGCACCGAGGCCCCUUCCCGCACCACCGGGGACUCUUCCCGCAGCACCGGGGACUCUUCCCGCAGCACCGAGGCCCCUUCCCGCAGCACCGGGGACUCUUCCCGCAGCACCGCGGCCCCUUCCCGCAGCACCGGGGACUCUUCCCGCAGCACCGAGCCCCUCCCCGCAGCACCGGGGACUCUUCCCGCAGCACCGGGGACUCUUCCCGCAGCACCGAGCCCCUCCCCGCAGCACCGGGGACUCUUCCCGCAGCACCGGGGACUCUUCCCGCAGCACCGAGCCCCUCCCCGCAGCACCGGGGACUCUUCCCGCAGCACCGGGGACUCUUCCCGCAGCACCGGGGCCCCUUCCCGCAGCACCGGGGCCCCUUCCCGCAGCACCGAGGCCCCUUCCCGCACCACCGGGGACUCUUCCCGCAGCACCGCGGACUCUUCCCUCAGCACCGAGGCCCCAUUCCCGCAGCACUUGGGGACUCUUCCCGCAGCACCGGGGACUCCUCCUGCAGCGGAAAACCCCAGUCCGGGGCGGAGACGGGACCCUGGGAUCCCCAGGCUGAAGCUGGUGACUUCUGGCGAACAUCGCUGCCCCUCACUUUCUCGCCCACGCCUUUCCUGUUGCUCAGACCAGUACCGCCGGGGACGCUCCCUCGGACAGGGCAGCGUCAGGGUCCUCCUUCCCGCGCUGAACUCGGAGCGGUGUCUGCUGCAAGGUCCCCGCUCCCGCCUAGUGGCCUAGAGGAAGGACUUGGGGUGUCCUGAUGGGUUGUAACAACAACCCCACUGCCAGGGAUCUCGGUCCUUUGACCAAGACUGCGCCCUGCGUUAUUUUAACUGGGCUUCUGGGGAACACUUGCUCGGGGUUCGACAGCUCCGUUUCUGCCCAAUAGGAGGGUGCCCGGCUCAGCCCCGAUUCCGUGGCCACUGCGUGUGGAUGUGCGCUCCAGGGACACCCUUCUCCCGGCCUGUCCUCAGGGACCCACCGCCCUGCACUCGCAGGGUGACUUCUGAUUCCAGGAGAGCAGGCAAUAGGAGGAGCAGGCAAAUUGGCUGGAUUGCAACACAGGUUUAGGACAAAGAGUGGAGGAAAGAAGGAGAAAGCAAGACCAAGACAGAACUUGGAGGGGAAGGAGAGAUCAGCUCUCAUCUGGGAAUGAUGGAUGCAGGAUUCAUGUUGCAUUUGAGAGCUUACAGAGUGUCCUCAGACACAGUAUUCAUUAAACCGAGACAUUUAUUGACCCCCUCCUCUGAGUUCUGUGGCCUCUGACCUCCAGAGCAGGUAUUCCAUCUGAGCGGGUUCACACACUUGCCCGGUAAGGGCCGUUCUUCCGUUUCCUAGCGAGCAGUGAGCCCUACACCCACAGCCACUCUGGCUGGACCUUCUGUGCCACACUCACCCGCUCUGCACGACUCCAGACGGAAGGAGAAGCUGACGGGCAAGCUUUGGAAAAGGACAGAAGCCAGGACACUUCCAAGAUGUAGACAACAGGGACGAAGGGCCAGAGGCUCAUGGGCAGGAAGCAACGUUCUCCACCUGGCUCCCCGGGACCCAAAGGAUCUGGCAUGCAGGUGGGGGAGGUACGUUUUCUUUUCACUAACCUCAAACCGAAAUUCAGCAUUUCCUCCCAUGAUAAACGUAGGCAACAAAGCACAGUAGUAUCAGCAGUACCUGUGACUCGCCAAUAGCAAUCACAGACUUUGUCACCUGUCACUUGCAGAAAAGAGGCCAUAUGUGCUCAUCAUUGCUUUGUAGUGAUGGUUAUGGUUGGAACCACCACUAGAUCUUGUCAUCACACGUUGGUUUUUUUAUUUGGAUAACUGCACUUCAAUAUAAUUGUUUUCUUUUG